AUGGCAACUUCUUUCUUCUGUCAACAUCACAUUGAUGGAAGGGAGAAUGUCAUACUGCAGUGCUCUUGCUUGAAAAUACGAGGAGGAAGUGGUGCAGCAUUUGAUAGGACUGAUGAUGAUUUUCCCGUCAAAGAGGAUGGUAUGGGGGAUGUGAAAGGCUUCCCCCUGGAGCAAACUUGUGAUGGUUCCCUUAAGAAAAGAAAUGCCAAGCAAGCUGACAACCUGUCAGAGGGAAGAGAUAGAAAUGAUCCAUUGAAAAGACCACGAAUUGUGAAAAGAAAAGGACUGCAGGGCAAUCUAUCUGGAGGAGAGCUCCAUGCAGAGAUAGGCAGAGCAAACGAGACGAUUGCUAGGGUGAAUCAUGAGAUCGCCAAGGUAGAAAGUGAGAUCGCCAGUGUGAAUCAGGAGAUUGGUGUGGUUGUGUCAAAGAUUGAAGAGGCAGAUAGGAAUGUCAUGGACCCUUACAUCAGCAUGCCAAAGUACUGGCUUGAUGAGAAGAAGCAGCUUCGAAAGGAGAAGAGGCAGCUUCUAAAGAAGGAGACCAAGCUUCUAAAGGAGAAGAGGCAGCUUCGAGAUGAGAAGAAGCUAUUUCUAGAAGAGGAAAAGCAGCUUCGAGAAAAUGAGAGGCAGCUUCUCGGAAUAUUCGACGACAAGGGAGCUCGGUAUGGAAAUCUUUUACUGAAAACAAACAACGAAGAUGCUAUGUUAGCUUUCUUGAACGAGCUCUACCACACUGCACGCUCAGGGAAGACCUUUGUGGCUAAUGAGAAAGUCAGGUUUUCUACAUGGCUGGGAGGUGAAGAGUUGUUUGGAAAGCAGCUUUUCCUUCGAGAGUUUUACUUCAAGAUGAUGCGAAUAAUUGUAGAUCAAUUCAACCUGGACCCAGAGACUCUGAAGGACAAGCGUCCACAACAAACUUUUCAUCCCUUGAUCUUUACAGGUACUCCAGGGAUCGGGAAGUCGUGCUUUGCCCACUUCUUGUUUCUUCAUCUUCUCCGGACUGAUGUGCAAGUGGUGUAUCAGAAAGGGAUCAAGCAUUGGUACUUUCACAAAGGAAAAUGGAGCCGAAUUGCAAAUGACGAAGCUGAUAUUCGUCGAUUUCUUGAAGAUUCUCGCGUGUGGUACAUCUGUGACCUAUACAAGAAAAUGGGGACCUAUGUGAUAACAAGUACGGCAAAAACCAUCAUAAUCACGUCGCCCAAGCACAAAUGGUUCACUGACAUUGAGAAGAAUCAUGGGGCACAGACAUACUUCAUGCCAGUGUGGUCAGACAAGGAGAUGGCAGCCUUCAUUGAGAUGCAAGAGGGGCGGAUUAGCGAGAAAGAGGCGAGGGGGAUAAUUAAGGACUGGGGAAACGUGCCGAGGAAUCUCGUAUUAAGACCUGUACGGACAAUUAAGAAACUUUGCCAGCAAAUAUCUUCGGUGAAAGAAUUGCAAGCAACCAUGGACGCAGCAGAAGGUGAUGACCUGGGAAUGCCAUCGAGACUGAUUCACCUUAUACCUAACGCUGAUUGUAAGACCUUCCACCCCAGGAUAUGCUCAAUGAAGGCUAAAACAAUCAUCUAUGAGCGACUUGUCCGAGAUGAUUGGGAUCGACUUGUAGAAUUUGCUAUUUCGAAUUCUGGCGAAGCUUUUGAGUUUGUUGUACAUGAGGUGCUUAAGAAAGGAAGAAAGUGCGAGCUUCGAAUGCUGCGGUCGGAUGGAGAUGAAGAGGCUGCGGUUCAAUCACUGGACUUGAAGCCACAAGCAUACUAUGAGUUUCCGACAAAACGUCAUCAAUUGCAGGAGUGGAAGAUCAUGCACAAUACAUAUUGUAAGCCCAAGACUCCAUACUUCCCUUGCAUCGAUGCCCUGCUCUUGGCAGAGAGCGGGGUACUAUUCAUGUUUCAGAUCACGCGGGCGGUGAAACAUCCUAUCAAACUUGGACCAUUUUGUGACAUCUUGCAAAGUCUGCGUGCAAAGAACGAGUUUAAAAGGAUAUGCUUUAUGUUUGUUCUGCCUUCAACGAAUGAAAAAAAGAAAAAAGCAUUUUCGGGAUUCACAAAAAAGGGAGCGAAGCCAAGCGAGUGGGCAGUGGUCGGCAAGCUCGCUCAGUACAUCAUGUAUUUGUCUAAGGACGACUUAGCGCAGAGGCCCAAGGGUUUUAUGCCCAUUCCGCCACCCACGCAGUAA